UAACUAAGUAAUCCGCUUUUCUUUCCAUUCUUUUUAUUAAUCUCGCAUUUUUCAGAUUUCACUCCAUCCUUCGGAGAUAAAGCAAAAUGCAAAUUGUCGAAAUUCCCUCGCGUUUACGCGAGUCGACACAAAGAGGCGGCCGAGCCGCGAAGCGGGUGCGUCGAGCCGAACGAAUUACUUUCAACCGCGCGGCAAUAUGGUGGGAGAGAGCCGUGGCUGGUCGCUCUCGCGGAGCACGCUGCACGAUUCCGUAAUAUUUAUUUUCCACUCACGGCUAGUGACUCACUACCUGGCCGACCGCGCCACGGCAAGCAGGUAGACCUCGCGCGCCCGUGUUCGUGUGUGCGAGAUUCGUGACCGCUCUCCCACAUCCUCGCGCGCGCGUUUCGCAGCAUUUCGCAGUGCGCUCGAGAGCUGAGAGAGGCGGCUGGAAUCCCGGUGCGAGAUGAUCCCGUCGCAAAUGAAACUCACGCCGAGGGACUCUCGUGAGCUGCGGUUCCAACGCAGAAGAUCUCUGCUUCGUCACUUUGAGAUAAACAGCGCAGUUGUCUGAGAGCCAUCCAUCUUCCUCCCGAUCUUUCUUGUACGAAGUUAAAACGAACGUUGUGUUCAACGCGGAUAAAUGGAGAACCACGGAGUAUCAUUGCGCCGUAAUUCACGCGGCUCCUUUCCGACCUGACAGCGCGGUGCUCGCCGCGAGAAAUCAUCGAUCAUCCUUACGAUUAAAUCCGCGGGUGAAUUCGUAACCGGAUGUGCUCGAACGAGUUGUGAACGAACGAACGAACGCAAGUGUGGUGUCGCAAUUGGACUUUCCAUUCGAGUGGCCUUGCUCCGAACAAGGAAAGAUCGAGGCAAAGUCGCCGGACGAUCGGCCGGACGAUUCUCGCGAGCUCGAUAAACGUCUCCUUCUGGGACAGGGUAUAUGACAUCGAGUUGCGGCGCGCGGGGCAACGGGAGGCGGAAGAAACCGUCCAGGUGAUAGCCGCGGUCGAUCGAUAGCGCGGCGAACUUCCGCGAUCGAUAUCCCCGGGGAGAGGCACAACGGAGAGUGCGUUGCACUCGCGCAAUGAGAACGUUCUCCUCGUUGUUCUCGUCGAUAAUGAUGAUGCGGUUAACGAUGACGGUGAAGCGGCUAGACCCAGUCGUCCGGAUGGGUUCAUGCGAUUACGAGUACGUCGAGCGCAAUGUCAAGGCGACCGAUCGCUUCCGGUAGCCGAGAGAGCGCUGACACACGAUUCUCGAGGACAGGAACCCCGAAGGAGAGAGACCGACACGCGCGGCGUCGCGCGAUUACGCGGAGUUGAGAGCUAAUCAAUGGCGCCCGGUAAUUUGACGCUGCCCACGCACGUCCGCGCGACGUCCACGAAGGAGAGCCGAUCGUGACGACGUCACUGGCAUUUUAUCACACCGUGUGUCCGCGUCCGUGUCGAAUACAUCUGACGUGUUGUUGCCCAAGUGUUCACCUGACGCGGUGUUUCCUCUCCCCCUUUCGUGCCGCACAUCGAUCGAGAAUCGCGAGUUCGCGCCGCGCGAAUCGGUGCAGAAGUGACGUUUCGCCGUGCCGUGCCGUGGAAGGAGCGCCAAUAAUUCGCGAUGCUGCCGAAGAAAGACUGUCAGACGGAGCCGUACGCCCUCGAGGACAUGAUCUCGGAUCUCCAGGCGAGGAGGCACUCGCUGGACCACGAGGACGUGGUGCAGGACCCCGCCGAGUUGCUGAAGCAACGCGAGAGGGACCUCGUCCUGGCCGCCGAACUCGGCAAGGCUCUACUCGAGAGGAAUCAGGAGUUGACGAAGCAGGCUGAAACCUUGGCCGAGGAGUACUCCGCUAAAUUGGAAAGUUUGGAGCAGGAAAGGCACCUACUGCGAAGGAGACUCGAGGAGGCCAGGGAUGAAAGCGAGGCGAGGGCCUUGGAGCUCCAAGCGGACGUGGAGACCCUCAGGAGCCAGUUGGAGGAGCAGAAUGAGAGGGCGAGGAGAGCGGAACGCGACCAGGCCACCCUCGUCGCGGAGCUGACGGCGCAAAACACGAGGCUGGCCGAUCAGCUGAGGGAAGCCGCCAAGCAGGAGGAGCAGUUGCUCGUGGAGGUGAAGGUGCUGAGGGAAAAAUGCGCUCUCAGGAACACCACCCUGCAGGAUCACGUCAGCAGCCUGGAGAUUCUCAGGGACGAGGUACAACUGGUAUCCGCACAAAGGACGGAGCUAGAGAGGCGGUCCUUGGAGCUGCGCGAGGAGAGGGCCAGGGCGGUUGCGGCCCUCGAGGAAGCCGAGGAGAGAGCCGCGGCCUUGGAGCGACUCGGCCACGAAGCGGAACACCGUGCGAGAAUGGCCGAGCAGGAGAGGGACGAGCUGGCGUCGGCGUUAGCGGCUAUCGAGGCAGAAAGGAGAGCCCGGUCCGGCUCGAUACAGAAACCACCGCGAUCUCUGCAAGCGGAGAUGGAGUGCGAGGAGAGCAGCUUGCUCGGGGAACAGGAAGACGGAGGUCUGAAGACGGAAGUGGCGAGGGCGACAAAGCGACUGAGGGAGUUGUGCGCUCACUUGAGACGUGGCGAGGACGACUCGGGUCUGCAAAGCGAUUGCGACGAGUCUAUGCUGGUGAUCAAUCUCAACAACUCCGAAGCAGAAGUGAACACCAACGAACGAGAGAGUCGCCACCCAUCGCCAACGAAUUGUCCAGGUGCGCUGGUAGAGCUGGUCGAGGAGGUUUACAACCUCGCGUUGUCGGGGAGGGGGGCACCAGGAGAAUUGGGAUUGGCAGUGGAGCUUCACAGAGUGCGGGAAGAACUGGAGAACUCUCGGGAGCAGUGCAGGAUACAGGAAGAGGAGCUGAAGCGACGCGGCGACGCCGUUCUGGAGCUGACGAGCAAGUUGAGCGUCUGCGAGACUGAAUUGCGCGGCGUCAAGGAGGAACGCGACAGGGCGAGAGGCGACAUGGAGCAUUCCGAGUUGACGAAGGACGAAAUCGUGGCGAAGGCUUACAAGGUGCGGGAUCAGGCGGUGGCCCGACAGAACAGGGUAGAAGUGGAGCUGGCCAGAACGCGGAUAGACAUCCUGCAGGCGGACAGUCAGUUGAAGGAGGCGAUCAAGCAGAAGGUCGAGCUCAGUCAGCAGCUGGAACAGUGGCAGAUGGACAUGCAGGCGCUUCUAGACGAGCACGUGCGGAGCAAAUUGACCCCGGCCUCGCAGAUGGUCGCUACGAAAAACGGCGAGAACUCGGACAUGUCGGCGCCGGCCAGGAAGAAGAGGAGCACCGGCUCGACGAAGAAGAUGUUCGGUCUGUUUUGACGAAAGUGACGCAGCGCGAUGGCUUCGCUGCGUUGAGCUGAGCGAUCGCGACUGACGUGGACCUAGACUUCUGAUUCCUGUGCAGCCAUUAACGGGACGAAGAGAAGAUAGCGUGAAUUUAGAUAUAUUUACCUUCUCAAGGACCGUUUAGUAGUGCUCAGCCCAGGAUCGCCCAGUGGUGACAGUGUUCCAGACAUCCUGUGCUCUGCUAAAGCCAUCCUAAGUGAUGUCACUUGCAUCAAACACUUUGCGAUGUGUGGACAAGCAUCUGGACCUAAUCUCAAACUAGCGACUUUGUGUUAUUAAAAUUAGGAGCUCGAGCCAGACUGGACUCGUGCGAAUUUCGGGACCUGUCUCGGCAUGAACGUUGAAAUAUCUCGUUGCAUGACGCGUGCGAGAAACGUUGCUCACUGCGGGGAGUCUGUUACAUCGGCGCCGAUGCUCAUGUCGAAACCGUAAUUCGAAUUUAAGUGGCGUCGCUCGCGGAAACGGGGACGUCCGACUUUCCGCGAUUCCUUAACCAGGGAAAGUCGCGGACCGUACUUCCCAAAACGACUCGGCAUGCGUUAAAUAUUAUCGCCAUCAUAUUUAUCACUUUCGUCUCGAUAUCCGUGUUUUCUGUCGGUCACUUUUUAUCGAGCGGCACGAUGUAAUCCGGCGGGCUGUAAUCAUUAUCGUUCUCCUCAGUUCGUAGACUGUUCAUGCGAAGAAUAUUAACGGCAUAAAAUUGUGCGGCUGAUCGCUAAUGGAGUCAGCGAGAUGGACAAGUCUAAUUUAUCGAAAAAAAGAGAGUCGUCGUUAAUGUUCUCUCAGAAAUUAAAGUUCCGUUACGAACGACGUCUUUUCUCCUCGACAGAUAAAUUUUCGACACGUCUAACUGACGUUUCUAGCUCAGGGAAACCUUUCGCGGAUGUUCUCCUAAUUUUGCUCUUCUAUCGCGUUCCUUCGCUCUCGAAAGAUCAGAGGGACCAUUGGCUGCGAUCGAAAUCAGACUGGUCACGGUCUCUUGUUUCACGCGGGGAGAUAUUAAUCGUCCGAAUGGUGACGAAAGAACGCAAAGGUUUAAUGUCCCGGCGAGACUGAUUAGGGUCGGCAAAGAGCAGCCCGCUUUUUCUCGCGCGAAAACGCGUCCUGUCAUUCUCAUCAUCGUGGAACGAAUCGUUCUUCACGGUAAAAAAACGAUCUCCGAGUGGAAAUUCCUUAUUUCGAAACGGACUCGCGAUCAGCUCGAUAAAUAAUGAAACGGAGUCACUCGAGUGCUCCCUCGCUCCGUUUCUUUCGCGACGCGAGGAAUAUCGAAUUCCUCUUGAUAUGAAAUAUUGUGAUACGCUGUGUCUUACGUUAGAAUCGUAUGUUGUGCGCCUCAUAACACGUUGUGGAAGCGUCACUUUUGUAAUAAACACGAUCGUAUUAGAGAAUGAGAAAUUAAAAUAAAUUUUUUUUAAUUCGCGAAAAUAGUAAUUUAUAAGAAACCUGCAUUUAUUGUGUAUAAAUGUGUAUUUAAAGGUAGCCCUACAGGCUUGGAUGACUUUCACUAUCGAAUUAGCCGACGACGAAUAAUUACUGUCCGUCCACCGUUCCGUCCGACAGGACCAAUGAAUUGUUCGCGAUACAACGAGAAAUAACGAGAGAAGGAUAAUCAAGCGUUUGGAGAUGAAAGUCGAUCGAUCCAGCCGUGAUCACACUACAAAUCCAAGCGUGUAUUUUUACACGCAUGAACGUUUAAACAUGACAUAUUUGACUGAAGUUUUUCUUACAUGUUUCUUGCGUAUUAAAUUACGUCAUAUAAUUAUAUUAAAUUGAAAGUUAAUACGCUCAAUCGUGUUAAAUAGUGUGAUUUAGAGCCGGUUGUUCCAACCUGUUGGUAAACUAUAAUUAAUAGUUAAAUAUAGAUAUGUCUUUGUUCAUCCUUUACAUUAGAUAGGAUAGACAUAUGAUUUAACUAUUAGUUAGCUUACCAACAGGUUGGAACAACCGGCCUUUAAACGACAAAAAAUGUGUUUAGAACUUCAGCUGAAAUAACACACUUGGAUUUGCAGUGCAUUGAUAUUUUAACGCGACGAUGGUGCAAUAUCACUGGAAUAUUUUUACGACGAUGAUAUUAAUCGAAUCGACGACUGCAACCGGAUCCUUAAGGAUCUCGCAGAUAAUUGGUCUUGAGGAGCAACGACUGCGAUGCGUUUGAUGGCACGUGUGUGAUCUUUCACGUGUAGACAUUACAGGAACACGCGUGCGUUCAUCGCACAUAGUAAAUAAUUUGUACAUUAAUUUCCUUCUUUUCUUUUUCUUCGGAACGAGCGUACCGUUGAAACUGUAUGAUAACUGUAUGAUAAUUCUCGAUCUGAUCAACUGCGACGACGAUAUUUAUUUAAUAAAAAUCUGUUUUGCGAA